AUGAAGGAACCGAAGGGAUUGAGAAACCACAUUGCAGCAGUAGUAAAGAUGGAAACCAGCUUGUUCUGUCAAAUGUUGAGUAGGCAGUCUGCAGUGAAGGAUUCUUGCCAUCACAAAUCAGGGUUCAAGUUCUCGCGCAACUAUCAAGCUCCACCAGUCACAGACGGUAAUCAAAAGGAGAUGAACGACAAGGGUAAAGGGAUUGAGACGGAGAAAACAACAGCUCAAGCUUACGUUAGACCAAGACAACACCUUACCCCAGCAGAAUUAGCAGAACUCAAAAGAUUAAAGCUCUGUUUUAAAUGCAGAGAGAAGUGGUUCAGGGGACAUCUUUGCGGUAAACCAGAACUACAAGUCUUGACAUUGAUGGAUGGUUGGGAGAUAGAAGUGAUGGAGGAAAUGUGGGAGAAGGAGAUGCAAGAUGAGGAUAUCUUUAUGGAGAUAUCUUUAUGCGGGUUCUUGGGUUAUGAGUCACCAACUACACAUAAAUUGCGAGUUGUGUUGGGAUCAGGAGCGACAGUGAGUGGAUUGGGGAUCUGUAAGCAACUUCAAAUCGAACUACAAGGGUUGGAGUUCUGCAUUGAUUGUGUCUCGUUAGAACUUGGCCAGAUUGAUUUGGUGUUGGGAGUUCAGUGGUUACGUACUUUGGGAGUAUGUGAAGUAGACUGGGAACGACAUGAGAUGAGUUUUAUAUACAGAGGAAAACGAGUAAUGUUGGUUGGGGAAAAGGACUUACAUGUUUUGCCUCAUUCUCUCCGAUGUAUCUCAACAACAUCUCAACAUGAGCGUCUGGAGUUAGAUGAAUUGUUCAUGACACAAAUAAAUUCUGUACAAGCCAAUAGACCGAUCUCUCAGAAGAUGGAGGCAUUACUAUCAACAUUCGAAGAAGUUUUUUCAUUACCCCCAGGUUUACCACCUAUAAGAGGACAUGAGCAUGCGAUUGUCCUUAAACCUGGGACACCACCUAUUAGCGUAAGACCCUACAGAUACCCGCAGGCACAUAAAGAAGCGAUGACAGCUUUGGUUGAAGAGAUGUUGAGGAAGGGAAUCAUUCAACCAAGCAAGAGUCCCUUCUCUAGUCCCGUGCUAUUAGUCAAGAAGAAAGACAAUACAUGGAGGUUCUGUGUGGACUACAGGGCUGUUAAUCAGGCUACAGUGGAAGAUAAAUUUCCAAUACCUGUCAUUGAUGAGCUCUUUGAUGAAUUGAACGGAGCACUAGUUUUUUCCAAACUGGAUUUAACUGCAGGCUAUCAUCAGAUCAUAAUGGAACCUCAGGAUGUGGAGAAAAUAUCGUUUAGAACCAAUGAUGGACAUUACGAAUUCUUAGUAAUGUCGUUUGGUUUAACAAACGCCCCAGCAACAUUUCAGGCCUUGGCGAAUGACAUCUUCAGGCCAUAUCUUGGAAAAUUUGUGUUGGUAUUUUUUGAUGACAUUCUGAUCUAUAGCGCAUCGGAAGAAGAACAUUUGGAACAUUUUCGUGUGGUCUUGACGGUGUUAAAGACUAAGGGGUUAUAUGCUAACAAGAAGAAGUGUAGUUUUGGCCAACAACAAGUGGAGUAUCUUGGUCACGUGAUCUCUGCAGCUGGUGUAGCAACUGAGGAUAGUAAGACCGAGGCAAUGAAGUUGUGGCCAACACCAAAGACGAUCAAACACUUGAGAGGAUUUCUAGGUCUCACUGGCUAUUACAGACGCUUUGUUAAAGGAUAUAGCGUCCUGACAAGGCCUCUUACAGAUUUGCUGAAGAAGGACAUGUUUGUUUGGUCUGAGAGAGCUCAGGAGGUUUUCGAUAACCUCAAGGUGGUGAUGACAACAACUCCGGUAUUAGCUCUGCCAGAUUUCACAAAAAAGUUUGUGGUGGAGACAGACGCAUCUGGUUUUGGAUUGGGAGCAGUUUUAAUGCAAGAUGGUAGACCGAUUGCAUACUUCAGUCAUUGCUUAUCUCCAAGAGAACAGUUGAAGCCGAUAUAUGAGAGAGAGCUCAUGGCUGUGGUGUUGGCAAUAAGGAAAUGGAAACACUAUCUUUUGGGUAGAAGAAUGUUUCCGAAGGACUCUCAGUUAUCUUCUAUCACCCUAUUCGCUGUUACAUUACCAGCGGUGAUUCAAUUAGAAGACAUAUACAAGGAGAUAGAAGAGGAUGAUAAGAUUCAACGUUGGUUUCGUCAAGUACAGAGUGGGAAAAUGGAGAGACCGGGCUUUGUGAUUCAGAAGAAUAAGUUGUGGUUCAAACAGAGUUUGGUGAUUCCAAAAACAUCUAAAUUCAUUCCUUUGAUUCUUGCUGAAUGUCAUGAUGGGUUGAUAGGAGGACAUUCAGGAGUGUUAAAGACCUUUAAGAGAAUUCAGCAAUGGUUUUACUGGGAAGGCAUGUUCCGCAGGGUACAACAAUAUGUGGCCGCUUGUGCUACAUGUCAAACUCACAAAUACUCCACUCUUGCUCCAGCUGGGUUGUUGCAGCCUUUGCCUAUUCCAGUUCAGAUUUGGGAAGAUAUUUAUAUGGAUUUCGUCGAAGGUCUUCCUACGUCUCAGAAUUGUAAUGUGAUAUUUGUGGUAGUAGAUCGACUGAGCAAAUAUGCCCAUUUACUCAGUUUGAAGCACCCAUUUCAGGCAAGUGAUGUAGCGAAAUGUUUUGUAGCUGAAGUGGUUCGCCUUCACGGGUUUCCGAAAUCAAUUGUAUCAGAUCGUGAUAAGGUGUUCUUGAGUGAUUUUUGGAAGAAACUAUUCCGCUUAUCCGGUACACAGCUGAAGUAUAGUACGCCGUUUCAUCCACAAACAGACGGCCAGACGGAGGUACUGAACCGUUGCCUUGAAACAUAUUUGCGGUGUUUUGCUUCGGCACAUCCUCGUACGUGGCAUAAGUUCUUAGGAUGGGCCGAACUCUGGUACAAUACGACGUAUCAUACUUCACUCAAAACUACUCCGUUCAGAGUAACAUAUGGUCGAGAUCCUCCGGGAUUGAUACGCUUUGAGAAAGGUUCUACGAGUAAUGGAGAAUUGGAGGUGUUGUUGCAGGAGAGGGAUGCUAUGUUGGGAGAUAUCAAGAAGCAUCUAGAGCACGCUCAACAACUUAUGAAAAACAAUGCUGAUAAGCACAGAAGAGAGGUUGUGUUUACAGUUGGAGACCAAGUUUAUUUGAAGCUGAAGCCGUAUAGACAACAGUCAGUUACAAGAAGGGUUUGUCAGAAACUGGCUGCCAAGUACUUUGGCCAUUUUGAAGUCAUGGAAAGGAUAGGCAAGGUAGCGUACCGUUUACGUUUACCAGCAGAGUCCAAAAUACAUCCCGUAUUCCAUGUUUCACAACUGAAAGCGGUGAUUGGGUCUGUUCAUGUUGUUCUUCCAUUACCGUCUCAAUUGACUGAUGAGGAUGGGUUGGUAGUACAACCAGAGGAGGUGGUAGCUACUCGUUAUAAUGAUAAGGGUUGUCUCGAGUUAUUGAUUAAAUGGGUGGGACUACCGGUACAUGAUAAUACAUGGAUUCCCGUGGGAGAGUUCCAACAGCAGUUUCCUUCAUAUGCGCUUGAGGGCAAGCUUCGUGACGAAGGGGGGGGGGUAUAA